AUGAGUGGGUUACCAGUUAGUGAAGCAGGUGGAGGGGAAGUGGCAACUUCUUCGGGGCCCAUAGGUAGCAGUGACGUACAAGUGUCGUCGACCUUUGAGACGAGGACGCUAAAUCCAGAGAAUUUUCUGUAUACGGAGGUUGCAAGAUCACAUCUUGGAGAGCGAGCUGCUACGCUCACAGGGAUGCUUUUAAACAAGGGGCGGAUGUCAGCGCAAGAGCUUUCGCAUGCAAUUCCCAAAUUGUCCACGAAGAGCAUCAAGACGAUUCUUGUUAGUCUGAUCCAGCUGCGGUGUGUGCAAUAUGUGGAGGAGACAGCAAUUUCCGGGCGGAAGACAACAUACUAUUAUUUCUGUGAAGAGGGGUUUCAGCUGAUGUUGUAUGCUGGUGACAUUGUAGAGACUGUGAGUUCUUAUUUUGCAGGAGAGCAUGACCGGGACAUUACUGCACAGAUUGUGCAGAAUGUUUUGGCCCUCGGUUCACUAACUACGAAGGACUACAAGCAAUCAAUAGUGUUUGGUAGCACGUCGGCUAGCGAAGUACAGGGGUUGUUUCUAAAGUUGGUUGAAUCUGGGUUUUUGGUUCCCCUUUCUUCAGUGCAUUACACACCAAUUGUGGAUUUGUGGUCUCUUCUAUACAAGAAGGAGUAUAACGCAAUUCCAAAAACCUCGAUUUUAUCUGAUGCUAAGAAGCGGGCUGACGCUAAAGUCAAGGCUAAACAGGAGUUCAAUAGGCUGGUGAAGACCGUUGACCUUACCGGAGUCAUCACGACUGAUAUGCGGACAUCGAUGAGACAGAUUAAGGAUAGCGUUCCAUUGACCUUUAACUUGGGUAGGUACAUGAAAUAUAGGAGGUCUAGACAACUUCUUCAUCUUUCAAAAUCCAGGCUCGGAAAGUAUCCAUCAUUGGUCUAUCGAACUGCAUUGAAGCUUACGGAGCAGAGUGCACCGCCACUAAUAGAUCCACUAUGUAAGACUGGAUUGUUGCAGGAGCUUGAUGAGAAAGAAUCUAUUUUUGAAGACAUGGUUUUAGACGAGGAUAGGCUGCCCGGUGUUACAUUCAGCGCUAUUGAUAUUGCGAAACACUUGCCUACUGAUGUCGACCUGAGAGGUACACUUAUAUCUAGACAGAAGUCCAAAAAGCGUGCAAAUAAACAAGCUCAGAGCCAAAAGAGAAUCAAGACGGAAAACGGUUUUGUUCCUCCGAGCCCUCUUCCAACAGUUCUGGAGGAGGAACAAGACGAUGAAGAUGCAUUGGCUGAUGCCAAUGAUAGCGAUAUGGAUAUGGAUAUAGAGGAUUCUCAUUCCGAUCCCAAGUCCCUUUCAUUAAUCACAGGCCAUUUAAAGCUACUAUCUAAUUGUUCUAUUCCGUUCCUGAUUGAGUCUAAGCCGGGUUUAUAUUUCGUUCCAUAUACGAAAAUCAUUCCAAUGUUGAAAAAUGCUGUAUAUGACACUAUUAUUGCAUCGACUCUCGGGCCAUCCGCACAUAGAAUACUACGCUGUAUUCGUGACAACAGCUUAGUAUCUGAAAAGGUUAUUAACAAUGCAGCACUCAUGAAAGAAAAGGAUAUUAGAUCAGUAAUAGCCACAUUGGUUAAAUACAAUGCUAUUGAAAUCCAAGAAGUCCCACGAACUACCGAUAGAGCUGCUUCUAGAGCGGUGUUUUUAUUUAAGAGUAACGAGCAGCAUGCUUAUGAUUUCAUGAAGCAAAAUUUGGCAUGGAAUAUCGCUAAUUCCAUUCAUAAAACGGAGAUGCUGAAGGAAUGUAAUACAACUUUAUUGACCAAGGCACAAAGGGAUGAUGUUAAAGGUAGAGAAGUUGAGUUGUUGCUCCCCAGUGAACUGAACCAACUGAAAAUGGUCAAUGAGCGAGAACUAAAUGGUCAUGCACGGAGGACUAGAUUACUGACAUUAUGGGAAGUAUUUAAAUUGUUUUAG